UAAUGGGGGAGUGAAUUCAACUUUGUUUUCUGCCAUGUGGAUAUUCUCCAUCUUAAGGUGCCACAUAUGGACAAAGAAUCGACUAUAGUGAAAGUCAGGGUACUGUUCAUUGACUAUUCUCAUCAAUGCAUUCUUAUGGGUAUACUUUGGUAUUUCAUUUAGUUGUUCCUGUCGACUUGGCACCACAAUAAAUUAACAAACGAUAUGAAACACUUUGAGUCCUUUCAGACCAAGAGGUACAGGACAAAGGGCUAGUUGUAAUUCAAUGCAAAUCAACAGACAUGCAAUGAACACAUAGAGUGUUGUGAAACAGACCAUGUGUUGUCUUUUUCAACGUACAUGGCUUUCUCCAAAGAUUCCAAUACUCGAAUAUACCUCGCUCAUCUUAAAUCUGGGGAAUGUUUCCCUAUCAAAGGUCGGUAUUCUCUAGUGUCAGCCCUAAGCAUAUACCGGUAAUUUACCGUGUCCUAGAAACAAUGCCUGGGGUAUUGUCUGGCUGGCUCUUUGUAUGUAUCAUCUUCACGGCGUAUCUACACAAUGCCAGGACGGCUCCACACCAGAGUUUCGAAUUAUAAGAAAGAGAGUUAGCGGUAUAAAGGAGCCAAACAGAGA